GGUGCCCCAUACAUACCACCCACCUACAGGCUCCUAACUAUAGAAACGUUCAUCGAACGGCAUGGAUUGGGGAACUCUUUAUGAAGUCAUUGGAGGGGUCAACAAACAUUCUACAAGCAUUGGCAAAAUCUGGCUCUCUGUCCUGUUCAUAUUCCGUAUUAUGAUUUUGGUGGUGGCUGCGGAGAGUGUCUGGGGUGACGAGCAAUCAGAUUUCACCUGCAACACAUUACAACCUGGGUGCAAAAAUGUGUGCUAUGACCACCACUUUCCAGUGUCUCACAUCAGGCUCUGGUGUCUCCAGCUCAUCUUUGUGGCUACACCAGCACUGUUGGUUGCCAUGCACGUAGCUUACUUGAGACACGGAAAAAAAAGAAAACUUCAGAAAAAUCGCCAGUCCUCCAAGUUUGAUGACACGGACUUAGAGGAGUUAAGACAGUAUAGAUUUCAGAUAGUAGGUACACUCUGGUGGACCUACACCAUCAGCAUCCUGUUCAGGGUCCUGUUCGAGGCUACUUUCAUGUAUCUCUUCUACUUCCUCUACACUGGUUUCCAUAUGCAACGUCUUGUCAAGUGCGACAACUGGCCUUGCCCGAAUGUGGUUGAUUGUUUUAUUUCAAGGCCUACUGAAAAGACUGUAUUUACCAUCUUCAUGAUUAUCGUGUCUGGCAUUUGCAUGGUGCUAAAUGUGGCAGAGUUGUGCUAUCUCAUCAUUCAGGCAUCUAUGAGAAGAGCCAAAAAGAAUGCCAAGAGAUACACCAACCACAUAAGUGGCAAAGAGGAGUCACAGAAUAAGCUAAAUGAGCAGAAGGAACAAUAAUCAAAGGUUUGCGUGAAUUAUUUUAACCUUUAGCUGUAACUGCCAUUUUCCAAUCCUACGGAAGAAGGGUUUGGUAUAUGCAAUACAACAAAUUGUGUCCUCGAUCUGAAUACUUGGAAAUUACAGAAAUUCAACACAGAAACAUCCUAAGAUACCUGUGUAAGGUGGAUAGCGUUUGCAUACUUACAAAGUAUGUUUGCAAAUUCAGACAUUUUGCGUUACAUAUUUGCUGGAAUUCUGAGCAAUAUAAAGUAGCAUGUCUUUGACUAAAAUUCAAUAGUGUUUUAUAUUAAGUCUUUAUGUUUCGGGGUUUAUUUUAAUAUUUUGUUUUGCUAUUUAAUGUUACAGGAGAAAUUUGCUAUUGUGUGUUAAUAGUG